UGGCGGCGCCCUUGCAGUAGUGCUGCAGCAGGUCCUCUCUCCUCGGGACUGAGUCAGAUCCUCCAGAAACCGGUUCACCAGAUCCUCCUGCAGGGUCUGUGGUCUGCAGGAGAACCCCCUGCUCCUCCUGCUGCUCCUCCUGCUCCUCCUGGUCCCUGGGUCUCUAGUGGCUGUGGCAGACUGUCCGUGUGAAGAUGGGCCUCCUCCUCUUGCUCCUCCUGGUCUCCUGCAGCGGAUCCAGCUGCUCUCCGUAGCGCAGCGCGGAGGGUUCCCCCCCUGUAAGCUCGGCCUCGACGGCUUCCACCUCCUGCUGUCCCGGCUGUGGAGCCUCCCCUACCACCUCCUCCUGUCCCGGCUGUGGAGCCUCCCCUACCACCUCCUCACCCGGCUGCUGUGCGCCACCGUGUCCCUGCUGGUCCGGAGAGGCAGAGGAGCUCCGGCCCGGGUCCCCGGCCCCCCCACCGGCCCCAGGGUCCUGAUGAAAAUGGACUCCGACCUGCUUCUCUCUCCGGCCGUCGGCCUGGCGGAGGAAGAGGAGGCCGACAUGAACGACUGGAAGCUUCCUCUGGCCUUCAUGAAGAAACGCCACUCGGAGAAGAUUGAGGGCUCCAAGGCCUUGGCCCAGAGCUGGAGGAUGAAGGACCGGAUGAAGACGGUGAGUGUAGCGCUGGUGUUGUGUCUCAACGUGGGCGUGGAUCCUCCUGACGUGGUCAAGACCUCGCCCUGCGCCCGGCUGGAGUGCUGGAUAGAUCCUCUGUCCAUGAGUCCUCAGAAAGCCCUGGAGACCAUUGGGGCCAAUCUGCAGAAGCAAUAUGAAAACUGGCAACCCAGGGCGCGUUACAAACAGAGUCUGGACCCGACGGUGGACGAGGUGAAGAAGCUUUGCACGUCGCUGAGACGCAACGCCAAAGAGGAGCGAGUCCUCUUCCACUACAACGGCCACGGGGUGCCACGGCCCACCGUCAACGGAGAGAUCUGGGUCUUCAACAAGAACUACACCCAGUACAUCCCUCUGUCCAUCUACGACCUGCAGACGUGGAUGGGCAGUCCGUCCAUCUUUGUCUACGACUGCUCCAACGCCGGCAUCAUCGUCAAGUCCUUCAAACAGUUCGCCCUGCAGAGAGAGCAGGAGCUGGAGGUGGCGGCCAUCAACCCCAGCCACCCGCUGGCCCAGAUGCCCCUCCCCCCGUCGAUGAAGAACUGCAUCCAGCUGGCGGCGUGCGAGGCCAGCGAGCUGCUGCCCAUGAACCCGGACCUCCCCGCCGACCUCUUCACCUCCUGCCUCACCACGCCCAUCAAGAUCGCCCUCCGAUGGUUUUGUAUGCAGAAGAGUGCCAAGCUGGUGCCAGGGGUGACGUUAGAUCUCAUCGAGAAGAUCCCCGGCAGGCUCAACGACAGACGAACUCCCCUCGGAGAGCUCAACUGGAUCUUCACCGCCAUCACCGACACCAUCGCCUGGAACGUGCUGCCUCGAGAUCUGUUCCAGAAGUUGUUCCGUCAGGAUCUGCUGGUGGCCAGCUUGUUCCGUAACUUCCUGUUGGCGGAGAGAAUCAUGAGGUCGUACAACUGUACUCCGGUCAGCAGCCCCCGCCUCCCCCCCACGUACAUGCACGCCAUGUGGCAGGCGUGGGACCUGGCCGUGGACAUCUGCCUCUCUCAGCUGCCCACCAUCAUCGAGGAGGGCACCGCCUUCAGACACAGCCCGUUCUUCGCGGAGCAGCUGACGGCGUUCCAGGUGUGGCUGACGAUGGGCGUAGAGAACAGGAACCCUCCAGAACAGCUGCCUAUAGUACUGCAGGUGCUUCUCAGUCAGGUGCACCGGCUGCGGGCUCUGGACCUGCUGGGGCGGUUUCUGGACCUGGGUCCCUGGGCCGUCAGUCUGGCCCUGUCUGUGGGGAUCUUCCCCUACGUGCUGAAGCUGCUGCAGAGCUCGGCCCGAGAGCUUCGUCCUCUCCUCGUCUUCAUCUGGGCCAAAAUACUGGCUGUCGACUCUUCGUGUCAGGCUGACCUGGUCAAAGACAACGGACACAAGUACUUCCUGUCUGUUCUGGCGGACAGCUACAUGCCGGCGGAGCACCGGACCAUGGCGGUCUUCAUCCUGGCGGUCAUCGUCAACAGCUACAACACAGGACAGGAGGCGUGUCUGCAGGGGAACCUGAUAGCGAACUGCCUGGAGCAGCUGUCGGACCCCCACCCUCUGCUCCGUCAGUGGGUGGCCAUCUGCCUCGGACGCAUCUGGCAGAACUUUGACCCUGCGAGGUGGUGUGGCGUCCGAGACUCCGCCCACGAGAAGCUCUACACGCUGCUGUCAGACCCCAUCCCAGAGGUGAGGUGUGCAGCCGUCUUCGCUCUGGGGACGUUCGUGGGGAACUCUGCAGAGAGGACGGACCACUCCACCACCAUCGACCACAACGUGGCCAUGAUGCUCGCCCAGCUCAUCAACGAUGGCAGCCCCGUGGUCCGCAAGGAGCUGGUAGUUGCUCUGAGUCACCUGGUGGUCCAGUAUGAGAGCAACUUCUGUACCGUUGCCCUCCAGUUUAUAGAAGAGGAGAAGAACUACACGGUGCCGUCACCAGCCAACACCGCAGAGCCCGGUAACCUGACUCCGGUCCGGGACAGCCCGGCCAUCCCUCGCCUCCGAUCAGUCAACUCCUACACCAACAUCAGAGCUGCUACCACGGCCAGAAACCUCAACAAGAGCCUGCAGAACCUCAACCUCAGCGAAGAGGGUGGACCAGCAGCCUUCUCUCCAGGUAACCUGAGCACCAGCAGCAGCGCCAGCAGCACCCUGGGGAGCCCCGACAACGACGAGUACAUCCUGUCCUUUGAGACCAUCGACAAGAUGAGACGGGUCUCCUCCUACUCCUCUCUCAACUCCCUCAUAGGAGUGUCCUUCAACAGUGUUUACACUCAGAUCUGGAGAGUCCUGCUCCACCUGGCUGCCGACCCGUUCCCUGAAGUAUCAGAUCUGGCUAUGAAGGUCCUCAACAGCAUCGCAUACAAGGCGACGAUGAACGCUCGGCCCCAGAGGAUCCUGGACUCUGGCUCCCUCACCCAGUCGGCCCCGGCCAGUCCCACCAGUAAGGGAACCCACAUCCACCAGGCCGGCGGGUCUCCUCCCAUGCCCAGCGCCAGCAGCUCCAGUCUGACCAACGAGGUUCCCAAACCUCCGACCAGAGAGCAGCCGGCCACCAGACCCCCCUACACCCCCACACUGGGAGGCCAGGCGCCCCACUCCCACCAGUUCCCUCGCACCCGCAAGAUGUUUGACAAAGGACCUGAGCAGGCGGGGGAGGAUGGAGACGAGCCGGUCGGUCACAGGAACUACAUCAGCGCCGCGCUACAGACCGGACUCUGUGACUGGAGCGCCAAGUACUUCGCCCAGCCGGUCAUGAAGAUCCCGGAGGAACACGACCUGGAGAGCCAGGUGAGGAUGGAGCGCCAGUGGAGGUUCCUGAGGAACGCCAGAGUCAGGAGACAGAGCAGAGGCAUCACACAGAGAGGUGUUUCCCGUCUGGAUGAUCAAAUAUUCAUCAACCGAAACCCCGGAGUCCCUUCUGUCGUCAAGUUCCACCCCUUCAACACCUGCAUCGCCGUGGCCGACAAGGACAGCAUCUGUUUCUGGGACUGGGAGAAGGGCGAGAGGCUGGACUACUUCUACAACGGGAACCCUCGAUACACUCGCAUCACCUCCAUGGAGUACCUGAACGGACACGACUGCUCCUUACUGCUCACCGCUACAGACGAUGGAGCGUUGCGUAUCUGGAAGAACUUUGCGGACCAGAAGAACCCGGAGAUGGUGACGGCGUGGCAGGGCCUGUCCGACAUGCUGCCCACCACCAGAGGUCAGCCCAGCUCCAGCGCUCACAGUCUGGCCAGGAGGGUCUCCAUCUAUCUGGACAGGAGUAAACAAGGAGGUGCUGGUAUGGUGGUGGACUGGGAGCAGGAGACCGGACUCCUCAUGACGUCUGGAGACGUCCGAGUGGUCCGGAUCUGGGACACGGACCGGGAGAUGAAGGUCCAGGACAUCCCUACCGGAGCAGACAGCUGUGUGACCAGUCUGUCCUGUGACUCCCAGCGCUCCCUGAUCGUAGCUGGACUGGGAGACGGAUCAGUCCGAGUCUUCGACCGCAGGAUGGGUCCAAACGAGUGUCGUGUGAUGACCUACAGGGAGCAUGGAGCCUGGGUGGUGAAGGCUCACCUCCAGAAGGAGACAGACGGACACAUCAUCAGUGUCAGUGUUAACGGAGACGUGCGGUUCUUCGAGCCUCGGAGCCCCGACUCUGUCAACGUUCUGCAGACGGUGAAAGGGUUAACAGCGCUGGACAUCCACCCUCAGGCCAACCUCUUCGCCUGCGGCUCCAUGAACCAGUUCAUCGCCGUCUACAACGCCAACGGAGACGUGAUCAGCAACAUCAAGUAUUAUGACGGCUUCAUGGGCCAGAGGAUCGGAGCCAUCAGCUGUCUGGCCUUCCACCCUCACUGGCCUCACCUGGCCGUCGGCAGCAACGACUACUACAUGUCCAUCUACUCAGCAGAGAAGAGGCUCAGAUAACACACCAGCACCCCCCCUCCCCCCCCAACACCACCACCACCUGACCUUUGACCCCUGGGCCUCCAGCUCAGGAUGUAAAUGACGUUUUUCUUGUACAUAUGCAAUUCACCCUGAAUGUUCUAGUGAUGGCUGCUGACAGAAACUCAUGCUACGAACGACCACGAUAUAUAUAUAUAUAUAUUAUUAUUAUUAUUCUCACUGUUUAUUCAUAUUCUUAUUCUGAAGCUAAUGAUUGUAGACUUGGCUGUGCUGAGGAGUGUGUAUAUUUAAAUAGAAGAAGAAUAGAGGUUCUAUUUUAAAGAAGAGGUACCCACCUCCUCCCGGCCACAGCGAGCAUCACUACCUGAACCGGGGGGGGGCACGUCCUGCUAAAACACAUUCACCGGUGCAGAAAACACAAAGCUGGACCCCCCCACCAGGGUCUAUAGACUCAUUUUACUGGUCGUCUCACAACCAAAGGACUCAGAGGUCUGUAGGGACGGACCCUGAAGGACCCUGAUGGACCCUGACGGAGGACGGGGCCACCAGGCAGACUGAUGAGUGUCUGUGGAUCCCCAGUGGACCCCCAGGGGUCCUCCAGGGGCCCCCAUAGCCUUGGACUUCCAGUUGCUGCCCUAACAGAAGCCUGCUCCCUGCUAGAACUCCUCUUGCUUCCCCCAGCGUGCCAAACAUCAUCUCAUUGUCCAUGCGAGACCCUCUGUUGAGGCUCAGGGGGUUUUGUGGGUUUAUUUGUUUUUUAACGUAUCACCUGUAUAAAGGGAACCCCCCCCCCCCUAGGACCGUACCACCUUUAUAACUAGCACAGUGAGAGCAGGGCUGGAUGGAAGCUCAGCACCCAGUCCUGCAAAGCAAUAACAACCUGACAGCUUCAAGCUCCUCCCCCAACCAUUCAAGCUCCUCCCCUUACCUCCAAGCCCCUCCUCUUAUCUUUCAAGCUCCUCCCCUUACAUUUAAGCUCCUCCCCCUUGGGUCGACGGGUCACACGACGCUCUAGUUUUCUAGUUUUCUGCUGUUUCGCUUAUUCAGCUUCUUUUUUUUUAUUUUCUCUUUUUUUCGCGUUCUGUUUUGUAUUUUUAUGUUUUUAAUUCUGCUGGCAUUUUGUUUGCCUUAGCCUCAGUGAGGUGGAGGAAGGAAGUGGACACAGCCUUACCCCCCCCCCCCCCCCCCCACACACACACACACACACACACACACACACUCACACACCCCCACCCCCCCAGUCUGCAGCCCCCCCGUCACCAGAAUAAAGACUUCUGGCUCCAAAUCACCUUCAUCUCUAAGAAUCCUGCUUUGAGUUUUAAGAUUUUAGAUCCGGAGAAAAAGAAGAAGAGACUUUAACAAAGUAGUCGAGGAACAAUGAAAACAAUCAGGUUUGUCUGUGACGUUCGACUGCUUUGCUGACUGGUUUAUAGACGAGAGAUGAACUCAAUGAAAUAAACCAAAUACAACACCGGA